AUGGCUGCUUUACUUAAAGACCUGGCCCUUUGGGGUCUUGCUAUUUGCACUAUUUUUAUAGUUGUUAAAGCAAAUACUAGUGUCGAGCCAAUCGGAGAAAGCGUUAUUCCACUACGCACCCACUCUCUUUAUAUGCCGUAUAUUGACCAAGAUCUUCAAAAUCGUUGGUUCGACUUUGGUGCUGACACAGUAAUUAACACUAACAAGUAUAUUAGAUUGACACACGAUCGACAAUCUCAAACUGGCUGGCUUUGGAGUAGAUUGCCCUUGACAGCUACGAACUGGCAGGUUGAAUUUGAGUUCAAGAUUGACGGGCAUAACCCUAACUUGUAUGGUGAUGGAAUGGCCGUAUGGUUUACCACGGACCGUGCAAAGCCCGGGCCUGUAUUUGGAUUCAUUGACAAAUUCGAAGGAUUAGGCAUAUUCUUUGACACGUAUGCUAACUCCAGACAGUCACAUUCAUUUCCCUAUGUAAUGGCAAUGAUGGGUGACGGUCAUACUGAAUAUGAUAAUGCAAAUGAUGGUAAAGCUAAUGAAAUUGCCGGAUGUGAGGCUGAUAUACGUGGUAAAUCGGUUGCAACGAAAGCGCGCAUCACAUAUUACAAAAAUACAUAUCUUGAGGUCAAAUUACAAUAUAAGGAAUGGGACCAGUGGGAGCCAUGCUUUACUAUUAAUAAUAUAACGAUCCCUACUGUUUCCUAUCUUGGUUUCAGCGCAUUGACUGGUGAUGUUAGCGAUAGCCACGAUAUUGUUAGUAUUACAACAAAUAACAUGAUUUCUGUCCCUCCGCGAGUUCAAAAGCCAAUUACGCGACAAGAAACUACGUCCUCAAGCUGGUUUGGAUUGUUGUUCAUUCUCAAGCUCAUUGCUACUACUGCUUUUCUUGGUGUUUUGGUGUUGGUGUAUAGAAUGUAUAGAAAUCAGUCAAAUAAAAGGUUUUAA